CCUCGGAGCUUUCACGGUGUAUUCUGCCCGAUAGCCUCCUGUUUUUUACGUCUAUCUCAAAGCUUAAUUUGACUCAUAGUCGGUAAAGCGUAUUUUCUUUGGCGAGCAACUCCGUCCGUCUUUUUGUCAGGCGCUGCGUUCAGCACUGGACAGCUCCGGCGCGCUCCACCUAACGCGCUACGGGCGCAAUGAUGGAUUGAAGAAGCGACCAUACACGAAUCAAGGACGCUGUGAGAUAGUGAAGGGGACGGGGAUUUAGGCGCAACCGCUUCCUACCGUUCUGCUUUAACUAGACUACUGCUCGGGAAGAGGGCGGAGUAUGUUUUUCCACCCAAGUGUGAAGUACCGACUCCGUACACACAGAAAUUAUUCUUUCAGCAUUUUCUACGGAGAACGCCAGGCAAACCCAGAAGUCAUUUUCGACAUCUUCAUGGUUUGGAUUUUCGGGACGGAAUAAAAGGAAAUCUGAAAAAUAAAUACAACGACGACCAGCGGAUAUCCAUACAAACGAGACAAAUGUGACAGCCUUGCGUGUUAGAAACAAAAACACAACAGGAAUUCACUUGCGGGUUUGACAUCGUCAAUGUUUUCGCGCGGGCGUCAGGUGGGAGGAAUGCGUGAAUAUCUACAGGUGAAAACAUGAUUUGCUGAUCGUUGGAUUCCUGCUGUGCUAUCCUGCAUCUUCUACAUCGGUAAGAGAUCAGACUGGCAACACGACCGAGGUUUACGGAUAUGGCCAUGAUCCGACUCUCGUUGCUGUUGCAAGUGGGAUUUGUUAUAGGAUCGCAUUAUGGCUACGUGGAGUGUUCGGAGAAUGACUGGGAAACCGGAGGAAGGCAACCCGUCUAUAACACUCAGAACAGCCAGCCAACACCGCUCCGACAGCCCUAUUCGCUGCGGAGCGCCACGGAACGCUCGGCUUCAGCGCAGAAAACUGAAGACCAGCUACCGAGGGUUGUUACUGCGUUUCUCCACACAGGGGAUUCCUCAACUCUAAAACACGCCAACUGUUCCAGGAGAUACGAACUGAGCGCCCUGCGGGGGGGAGCGCACGCCAGCCCGCAUAACCCAAUGCCCAGCGUGCUGGACACCGUGAUGCAUGCCACAAACUUCCUUAACAUGUUAUUACAAGCCAACAGGUCGAGGGAGCAGAGUCUCCGGCGAGACAUCGAGUGGUACCACGCGCUUGUCAGGAGUAUAUUAGCGGGCGACUCCAGGAUUCACCGGGCUGUUGUCACGUUCAACACGGAGUCCGCUCGCGACGGACCCCACGUCUUUCUCCAAGCCACGCGGGCGGGGGCAGAGAUAAUCUUACAGGAUCUGUCUGGCAACGCCCACCACAUUUUGAAAAACAAAACGUCCGAGACCGAGUGGUACCAUGAGCUUAAAGGUAAAAAGAAGCCCCACUUUCACAAACGAGUGUUAAGUCAAGAUUUUGCCACAUAUGACGCUUCGGUGCGAAACGGAGAGAGUUAUAUCACCGAUAAAACUCACGUCAAGUGGUCGGCUCCGUACUUGGAGUGCGAGGCUGGCAGUUUCAUGCCACGAUGGCUUCUGACCCUAUCUGCAGGGUUUUACGGACUCAAGCCAAACCUGACCCCCGAGUUCAGGGGAGUUGUUCGUGUGGAUGUCAGUCUACAGGAUGUGGAUAUCGAUCAGUGUUCUACUGAUGGCUGGUUUGCAGGGACUCACAGGUGCAAUCUGACCAGCAUGGAGUGUCGGCCCAUCCCGGGACAUGGCUUUGUGCUGGACAAAUACAAGUGCCACUGCAAGAGCGGCUUCUACCACCCCAGCAGAGUGGCCAUCAACGGCUUCAGUCGGAAGGCUCCGUACGAGGAGGACGACGCUCCCAGCCUCUGCUUGCCAUGCCAGGAGGGCUGUGCAUACUGCAGGGAUGACACACCCUGCGUCGCCCGGGCCGGCGGCUACCUGCGCCUCAGCCUGCUGUCGUUGCAGGGGUUGUUCAUGCUGCUGGCCCUCCUCAGCAUGGUGGUGGUUUAUCACUUCCGCAGGAACAAGAGCAUCAGGGCGUCAGGACUGAUCCUGCUGGAGACCAUCUUGUUUGGAGCUCUUCUUCUCUACUUCCCCGGAGUGAUCCUAUAUUUCCAGCCCAGCGUGUUCCGCUGUGCUCUGCUCCGAUGGGUGAGGAUGUUCGGCUUCGCUACGCUUUACGGAACCAUCACGCUCAAACUGUACAGGGUACUGAAGGUGUUCCUGUCCCGUACGGCUCAGCGGGUCCCAUAUAUGACCAGCUGGAAGGUCCUGCGUCUGCUUGGCAUCAUCCUGCUCGUCGUUCUCUGGUUCCUUGUGGCUUGGACCUCAGCGGUGUGCCAGAACCCAGACCGGCACCUGGCGCUCAUCUCUGUGGGCUUCACCCCUGAGGGCCUGCAGUUCAGCAUGUGUCUGAUGGACCCGUGGGACUACAUGCUAGCUGUGGCUGAAUUCCUGUUCCUGCUGUGGAGUGUGUACCUGUGUUACGCUGUGAGAACGGUUCCCUCGGCCUUCCACGAGCCUCGCUACAUGGCCAUUGCUGUGCACAACGAGCUCAUCAGCUCCGGUGUAUUCCACGUGGUCAGGUUCACCGUCGCCCCAGAGCUGCACCCUGACUGGAUGCUCUUGCUUUUCUUCGUACAUGCACAUUUGACAGUGACAGUGACACUUGGGCUCCUACUCGUCCCAAAGUUCCUGUUUGCAGGGACACACCUGAGGGACGACAUCGCGACGGAGGCCUACGAAGACGAGUUGGACAUGGGACGUUCGGGGUCUUACCUGAACAGCAGCAUCACAUCUGCAUGGAGCGAGCACAGCCUGGACCCAGAGGACAUCCGGACGCCAGACGAAACGGGCCAGCUCAGUUCUAGUAAUGGCUGUGGCAUAAGGUCUUGCGACAGUCUUUGGGAAAAACGUACCAACGAGGAGCUAAAGAAGCUUUAUUCCCAGUUGGAGAUCUACAAGAGGAAAAAAAUGUUGGCCAACAAUCCUCACUUACAGAAGAAACGCAGUUCCAAAAAAGGCUUGGGACGGUCACUGAUGAGACGCAUCACUGAGAUCCCGGAGACCAUGGCUCGGCAGCACAGCCGUGAAGACAAGGACCUGAGUGAGCACAGAGGCAACCGCAACAGCAUCUGUGCCCUGAAGAAGAACCCCUUUGACCCAUCGCAUUCGCUGAAGCCUGCCAAGGAGGAGUCCCUGAAGAACCAAGUCUUCUCCCUAAAGAAGUCGCACAGCAGUUACGACCAUGUGCGAGACCAGGAUGAGGACUCCAGCACCUCGGCAGCCGCCAAGACAGAAGCGUCCACAGCGGACGGAUCUCUUCUUGAAGCGCUGAUGGGAAAAAAGCUGGUGAAGAAGAAGUCGUCUGACAAGAUCGAUGUCACCAGCGAGUCGACCGAGUCGGUUCCUUUGGUGUGCAAGUCAGCCAGUGCUCAUAAUCUGACGGCUGAUAAAAAGCCAAUCCACCCCAGGACAUCCAUGCUGCAGAAGUCGCUCAGUGUCAUUGCCAGUGCUAAGGAGAAAACUCUAGGCCUAACAGGAAAGACCCAGAGUAUGGAUGAUCCCACCAAGAAAUCCCAGCAGAAGAAUACAGAGGACAAGACCCCUGUUGGGAAUGAGGAAAGAGAAGGCUAUGUGAAGAUGAUCGUUAGCCAGUCAGUAGAGUAUAAGCAGACUGGUGCCAAAGCUGGCAUAAUGAAACACCAGGUUAGCGGAAGCCAGCCUUCCAUUUGCUCUGAGCCAGCGAAAGGCAAGGACGUGUACGAUAUUUCUGAGGUGUGCCCCUGGGAAGUGGAGGAUUUGCCCACUCCCUCAGAGAACAAGGUCCAAAAGCAUGUUUCCAUUGCUCCAGAGGAGACCACCACAGUCCACGGAGGCAGCAGCAAGGCAUCCAGACAGCAACAGCCAAAGCUGAAAGGCACGGAGCAGUCACCCUUGCUGUCGCGCCGACCCAACCAGAAGCCCGCAGACAGAGCAGACAUCUGUCCUUGGGAGGACGGCAAUAGUGAAAGCCAGGGACAGAUGGAAGUCUCAAAACCGACUUCCCACAGACAACCUGACCAGCCCCAAACACAGGCCUCUGGAGACAACACUAGCACUCUAAGAUCAGAGGUGUGUCCCUGGGACUUUGAGGAGGUGCCAACAAAAUCAAGAGACUCUGCUUGCUCCUCUGAGCAGGGCAGAGCCAAAACCCAAGCUGUGGAGGUCAAAGGCAAAACAGGCACUACUCUUACGGAAAUGAAAGGUAAGGUCAACAUCCCUAUGAAGGCUCUCCCAGAGCCUUCCAAACCUUCAGGCAGUUCUCCGCAGCCGCUUUCUAAGGUGGAAGACUGUCCCUGGGAAUAUGAAUCAGCAAGCCCCACCUCUGAAAAGAUGCCCAGGCUCUCUCAGGUUUUUAAAACGAAGGACACCCUUGCUGCACAGAAGGGUAGUACCCCUGUGAGGACAUUGCAGAGGGAGAAAGAGAAGGAUGAGAAGGCCAAAGCAAAAUCGAAGGAAAAGCCCGGUACAGGUAAACCAAAAGAACGGCCUCUCAGCCAAGCUAAGAUGGCUGAAGUUUGUCCUUGGGACGUGGACAGUAGUCAAGAGCUGGGAGCAGUGGAAAAACAAAAAAGUCCAAAUGCUGCAGUAGCAAAAAUCGAGCAAGCUGAUGUAUGUCCGUGGGAUUUUGAGGAUUCAGCAACAACUGAAGAAGUGAACAGAAGUCCUAGUUCCUCCACGGUGGAACAGAAAAGUCCAAAUUCCAAGCAGGGAAUUCCUGGAGGUGCCAAAAUGACAGAUGUCUGCCCAUGGGACUUCGAUGACCAAACAUUGACAAAAAAGGCAUCACACUUGACCUACUCGGACCACUAAGAAUUGUAGUUCUCAUUAUAUGUGCAUUGUGUCAUCUUCUAAAGCCCUGGAAUAAAAAAACAAAACAAAAAACUCUAGUAUAAUUUAUGGUGACUUGACAGAAUAAAAUCAAGUUGCACAAGCUGCCUUUCUUUCAAAAACCUUUUUUCCUUUGUGCUUUUUGAGAAAAAAGAGAAGAAAAGACAAAAAAAUGAACAAAAAAUGCAACAAAUCAUCAAGCAUUCCAGAUUCUUACAGAGUAAAAUAAAACUUGUUAAAACUUUCAAUACAAACAGUAGUCUGAAGAUUAUGCAACUCUUUAUGUGCAAUGUAGAAAAGCAUCAAAACAUACCAAUAUAUUCAUAACAUGUAUGCCCAUGAUUUAGCCAUUUGAAGUUUCUUGAUUCCACAAUAGCUGUGUCUGUAGCAGGGUCUUAAAUAUGUCAUCUGACUAGACAGUUACAAGUUCCUGCGGAAACAGGACGGGCUUGAAAUCAUCUGUGUAUUUUACCAGUACUCCGAUGGAGCAUGCUUGGAUUGUCUUAGGAUAAGCAUGAUCUGUGUGAUGUGGUAUAUCAUACUUGGGUUGAAACUGACAUCAUGAAAUUGCCAAAGAUGGAGGUAACAUAUGAAAGCAUCAUCAGUAAUAUAAAAGGGAACUGAAACAGAAUAUCCCUACAUUUCUGUUAUAAGUCCAUUUUCAUGUGAUUGCUUGCGAGGAAAUUAGCCUGUAGCACUUUAGUAAUUAGCAUAAUCUAUGACAAAAAGAUGAAAACAUGCUGUGAUUGCUUUCAUGUUAUUCUAAUUAUCUCUAUUUAUUUAUCUGGUCACCCUCACACUGAACAUACGUGUGAAUGUUUGACACACGGUGUAGAAUAAGGUUUUAGUGUCCUUUUAUGUCUAAAAACCCUUUCAAUGCUUCUGAAUGUGCUGGUAUGUAUUACUGAAUGUGCCUAUCUAAAGAAUCUUAAAUCAGUCCUAAGGUGUACUAGGAAGCGUAGGGCAUUUUCCUGACCCAUGCUUACUCACAUGUAAUGAAUGUCAGCGCGUAUGUUUUUUCAGAAUGCAGAAUGACAGAAAUACGAUUCAAAGCAACAUAUUUGCAAACAACAAUUAGUGAUUUUUUUUCAAAGUCAGUGACUGAGUCUUAUCAGUAGGAGGAAUAGUCUUUAAGCUUGUUUUACUUGUUUAUUUCUUUAUUUUAUUGUUUUAGAUGAGCAAUUAUUCAGUUAUUUCAGUUAUAUCAGUUAUUUUGAUGUUUUUAACAUGUUUUGUGUUACCCCAGCAGAUGCUGUAUUAGUAGCGAUGUCUUUAGAAAUAUAACAAUAUUUCAACCAGAACUUUAUAUGCCUGAUGUCUCUGUGUGACAUAAAAUUGUGUGUUACAAAUACUGUUGGAAUGUUUAGCUACAUGGUAUAGUUUUUCCCGCACAAGGGUCAAUGUUACUGAAUAAACUAACUUGAUUUUUUUCCUUAUAUAUUUGGCAUGGUUCAUUCUACAUUAGACUGCUGUUAUUGUCACUGGAAGUGCUGAUUAUAAAUGUUGGAGUCAUGUUCCAAAUGAAAUGACACAGUCCUCAGAUUAAAGUUAGUGGUAUCGGAGUCAUAAUUAAAUGUACUCUGUAAAAGUCCCGUUGCAGGUCAUUUUUGCUGUGGUGGUUACUAAAAGCUCCACUAUAUAUCGUAUGUACCAAAGAGGUAAAAAACAAACAAACAAACACACAAACAACAAAACAAAAAACCUAGUCACUGUAUUUCUCAACACUCCAUAAAAAAAGAUAAUCUGUAUCUUAUAGCCAUCUCUCCACCAGAUGAGCCAUACUACAUCUCCCAGUAACCCCUGGGGGGCACAUUUAAACCAUGCCAGAGGUGGUCUUGGCCUGUGGAUGUGCAGGAACUAGUGCUUCAUUGGCUGGAUAGGCUGGAGAACAAAAAAACCCAAACAAACCCCAAAACGAUAUCUCCUUCCCCAGAUUAUUGUGAUGGCUCCUAUAUCCCUCCCGUUUGUGGACCUCAAAUGUGAUCUGUUAUCCAUAUUGGUUGUAUGUGUUCCUGGAGAACAUUCAGCCUGCCCCAUUCUCUUGUUCCAAACACGAGUAAAGAAAGGAGCUGAAAUAGUGUGGCAUACCUGUUCUACGUGUAACUCCUAGGUAGUGUGUGAACUACUGCCGUCUUCCUCAAUUAGAGAAUGUCUCUGGGAAUGGUCAUUAUGUCCUUAGUGCACCUCUCCAGGGUACCCAAGUCGAUCACUCUUCACCUGUCUGCAGGUCUUUGCUUUGAACUCUGUAGUACGACAUGAACACCCUGAUCGUGUUGACCUGCUGUUGCUACUAACUCUGCCUACUGAUGUGUCUUAGUGCAAAGUUUAGUUUCCUGUUGCUCUUUAUUUAUUUAUUUAUUUAUUUAUUUAUUUAUUUCCUUAUUUACUUUUUUCUCAUGGAGGUUCAAUCUGUUAUUUUAACUUGGCCUCUAUGUGUGUGACUCAGUCUGGUCACCUGUUGGGGAAACACUACUAAUACUACCAUAUAAUGCUGUAAUGUCUUAACUAGCGCUCUUGUGGCUUCUGCAUGAUAAGAUGAAAUUAGUAGGACUGAUGUUACACUGCCCUAGAUAAAACUAAAAAUAACCUUUGGUUUUUUAUGGACUGUUACAAGUUGUAUAGUGAGUAACGCUGUACCUGACCCACUGUAAUCUGUGGUUGUUAUCAUAAAUUCUCUAUGAAAAGCUAAUAGCAUAUACUUAAUGGAGAUUUGGUAGAUUUAUAUGGUGUUAUAUUGUGAUAGCAUGUACAUAAAAUACCUCCUCUGCAAUAAAUAUUUAUAUACAAAUGA